AUGGCAUAUUCUCCCGGGCCCCUGUCGCCCGGCACUGGGCCCGCCUAUGGCGGUUUACAGCGAGGACGUUCCACGAGUCCGACUGGUGGGGGACCGAGUACGAUGACGAAGCGCGACAAGCGACGAUCCCAGCUGCAAGAGCGUCUUCACGAUCUGACUGCCAUGUUCAGCCAGAACCGCGACGCCCAAUUCCGCCAGCAGCUUCACUCGCUGCAAUGCGAUAUGACCCUCAUCAACAACGCCGACCCUUACCAGGAUGGUCUCCUGCCGGAUUCAUCCGAGGAUAUUGCGCAAUUGAUUGAGGAUACUGUUGGUGGUGGCAAGUUCGCUAAGGAGAUGGCGAGUUUGUCGGGUACUUGGUACGCCAAGUUUGUACAGGAGGUGAACAACGUGAAGGAGCAGAAGGAUUCGGAGCUCACACAAGUCAUGAACCGGCAUCAAAAUAGCCUCGACCGACACUGGAAAGAAUACGACUGGCGAGUGCACUUCGCCAAGGAAGAGUUCAACCAGCUGUCUGGAACCCUUCGCGAGCGUCUCAUGCAGAACAUCACGAGCAAGCGAAGCCGUCUCAUGCGCGAGAAGGAACAACUCGACAUCGCCGAUACAAACGCCCUCCUACUCCACCCAAACCAGUUCAGCAUUACCAACCCCGCUAGCCCCGGUGGUAUUGGCAGCAACCGCAAGACCCGCCACACCCGACACCGCGUGGACCUGGACGAGUUGGGAAAUGGAAUUGUCUCGGAAUUGAACAAGCGCAAGCGCAAGGCGCCCGAGGAGGAUGCUGGAUCUCCCGUGCGGGACGCGGGCGGCACGACUCCGGCCGAGCGCAACAAGGCAUACUUGGAGAAGCAGAUUGCGCCUACCUACUCGAUGAACUCUCUGUUUACCGACAAGGAGCUGGGCGCCCAUGCCAACCAGGCACAUGUCGCAACCGUGCACUUCUUCUCUACCUCCAAGCGCGCCGACCAGGGCUCCGGCGCCGUGACCAAUGGCAACAACACCGAUGCGGAGGACACCCCCGACCACACUGGCCACGAAGACAAUGGCACGCCCAGCGCAACGGACAUGAUCCGCACGGCCAGUCAGAACUUCCACGUCACGCGGUCGACUCGCACCACCGCUGCGCACAGCGCUCUCAGCGCCCUGGCCGAAUUGGCCGACAAGCCCGCCACACGCCCGAGCAUCCCCUACCACAUCCUUGCAGGCCACCAGCACCGCGCAAAUGGCAAUGCGCCGCAGCUCACCUCACUGCUGAACGAAGAGGCCGACGACGACUCGUCGCGCUUCGAUCGUCUACACGCCACCAAACCGGCGGGCUGGAUCGACACCGCCUUGCUCGAGCUCGUUACCUCGCCGCUCCCUUCGGACCCGGUCGACGGCCACCCGGCCAACCCAGGCCGCAUUUCCUCUCUUCACCCCGAUUUCCCACCCCACAUGAACAUCCAACUCCAGCCUGCCCGACCUCACGCGGGACCGGAGAUGUUCCCCUCCAUCACCAUGGAGCGCGAGCGAAGCAGCAAGCGCACCCGGCACCACUAG